CCCGAACACUCCAAUCUCUCGGAGCCUACCGUAUCUCGCUGCUUCUCGCCGAGACGAUCUCGAGCACCAAGUAGUAGUUGAGGUCGAGCCGCCGUCGCCGUCGCCGCCUUCUUCUUCGUCUCCGACAGGAGGAGCGGCCGGAAACCUCGGGAGGAGCUGGCUAACCUGGAUCAGCUGGAGGGCGGGUUCGCCUCCGCGCGCGGGCACGAGACCGAGGAGCAGCGCAACAAGUUCCUGGUGCUCCGCCUCUACGAGGCGCUCAACGGCCGCGACCACGCCGCCGUGCACUCCCUCCUCGCCCCCGACCUCGAGUGGUGGUUCCAUGGCCCGCCCGCGCACCAGCACAUGAUGCGCCUCCUCACCGGCUCCAGCUCCUCCUCCUUCCGCUUCCAGCCGCGCUCCGUCGACGCCUUCGGCUCCACCGUCAUCGCCGAGGGCGUCUCGGCCGCCGGCGAGGACACCAAGGCGGCCUACUGGGUGCACGCCUGGACCGUGGGCUCCGAUGGGGUGAUCACCCAGCUGCGCGAGUACUUCAACACCGACCUCACCGUCACGCGCCUCGCCGCCGCCGCCGCGUCCAAGUGCGUCUGGCAGAGCCGCCGCCCCGACCGCGCCCGCAACUCCCUCCCCGGCCUCGUCCUCGCCCUCUAGCCGCCUGAGCCAAGCCAAAGCCAAGCUGGACGACGCCCACCACCACUUGGGCGUACGCAUGGGCUGACGUUGCUUCAAUUCUUCUUCAUCCUCUGCUUUCCCUGGCCUGUUGUUUCUUGUUUGCGUGUCUGGUGAACGUACGUAGUAUAGCUAAAUAGCCGAUCGAACCGGCCGGUGAUGGCGACGCGGCGCCGUCACGGCGGCUGCGUCUUCACUGCUGCUGCUUGUAUGUCUUCGUGGUUGCUGUCAUGGUGUGAUAAUAAUAAUAAAGGAAGUUGGCUUGUACUGGA